UUGAAAGAAGAAAAAUUGAUUUGCUUUAGAAAAAAAAUGAACCACACACUGACUUUAGAAAGAUUAAGAUAGAGAAACACUCCCCAAUUAGCUCCAAACACUAAAGUGAGGUGCAAAAGUAGAAGGGAAUAAAAGCAAGAAGAAAAACAAAGUUCUAAACCAAAAGCUCACUUUCCCAUAACAAGCAACCACAUCGAAUUUAAGUCUUAGCUGAAAUAUCAUUCUCAAAUCUACCUUUAUUUUUUGAUCUGGCCCUUCCUCCUCCAACCUUCUCCUUCUCCAAUUCUCCCAUCUCUUCAGUUUCUCUCUUCCAUGGAGAAUGAGAAGGACCGUUUUUAUGAUCCCUUUCAUUACAACCACCACCAUGAUCAGCAACUCAACCACUCAUCAUCAAGCUUUCCAUUCUUUAGGGACAACAACAACAACUCAGCACCAAUUGGCUCACAAUUAAACUUUCAAGGGUUUGAUGAUCAUAAUAACCCUUCUUCUCAUCAUCACACCACUUUCACUGACUGCUUACAUGGUUCCAUGGAUUACAACACCCUCUCAAGAGCCUUUGACAUGUCUUGUUCAUCUUCUGAAGUGAUCUCCUCCAAUAUUGUUGAAAACCCCAAGAAGCCUAGUGCAGGAGGAGACUCUGUGGGGGUCAGUGGGAACCAACAAUCAACACCUAAUUCAUCUGUGUCUUCAUCAUCCAAUGAAGCUGAAGCAAUCAUAGAAGAAGACUCAACCAAGAGCCAGAAAGAUAAGCAGCCAAAAGGGUGUGAAGAAGGAGAUGAAAAGUCUAAGAAAGAGAACAAACCCAAAAAGAAAGAGAAAAAGCCAAGAGAGCCUCGCUUUUCCUUCUUGACUAAAAGUGAGAUCGAUCACCUUGAAGAUGGAUACAGAUGGAGAAAAUAUGGACAGAAAGCGGUCAAGAAUAGUCCAUACCCAAGGAGCUAUUAUAGAUGCACGAGUCAGAAGUGCGGUGUAAAGAAAAGGGUGGAGAGAUCAUUCCAGGACCCAACAAUCGUGAUCACAACAUAUGAAGGGCAACACAACCAUCACUGUCCAGCAACACUAAGGGGCAGUGCUGCAAGCAUGUUGUCAUCACCUUCCUUUUUUGGUUCCUCUUAUAUGGCGUCAAGCUUACCCCAAGAUUUUCUUGCUCAGUUGCUUCCAAGUUAUAGCCAAAAUGAUCACCAAAAUCCAAUGUUUAACCAAAACCUUUCCCAUAAUCUCCAUCCCCAGCCUCAACAGCAGCAGCAGUUCCAACUCUCUCGUGACUAUGGUUUGUUGCAAGACCUACUACCAUCAUUCCCUGGCAAACAAGUGCCAUGAACUUACUAAAAACCUAGUGCAUGUUUUGAUUUAUUUUAUCUAGGAAAAAUAAUGGUUUUAUAUUUUAUGUUACUACUAGAAAAAUUAAAAUUAGUAACGGAAUGAUCUAUAUAUGUUUAAAAAAAAAUUCCGUUACUAAAAUUUAGUGAUCCCGAAAUUAACUGGUGAAGGAAAAGUAAUUUUCUAUCACUAAAUUUGAUCACUGAUUUAUUAAUUUUUAGUAGUAUACAUUUCUAGGAUUUAAAAAAAAUAGUUAUUUUUUCAAGAUAAACAGAAUGAAACAUGCACUUGACCCAUUUCUAUUAGCAUAUGGUGGAGCUUGCAGUGUAUUUUCACACUGUCUAUAUAUAAGUAUGUGUAGUAAUUAAGCAGUAGCUUCCCCUUACUUGGUUAAUUACCUCCUUCUCUCUUUAAGUCAUAUAUAUAUGUACCUAGAUUUGUAUGGAAAUGAAAGACAGGUCUAUGGUUGUGGCCGGGGAUCUAAGAGCAUUAAAUGAGUAUUUAGAAUUACUGCAGAU